GUGUCCGUGUAAUUUACUCCCUAUUAUCUCCAUAUUUUCCCCCACGUGUGUUUGAGAAGAACCCACGUUUGGAUAUUGAUGUGUGCGCGGACUAGCAGACCCCGUGUACGUUUCAAUAUUAAUAAAAUAACGCUUCUGAUAAUAUAUUAUUUAUUCUAAUAAGUUUUUCUCUGUUAAAACACUCUUACCCUAGAAUAACGUUACGUUAACGUGCGUAAACGUCAACGUCAAGGUGCGACGAAGAAAGAGCGCUUCUACGUCUUAUCUACUGUUUUAGAUUAAGGGCAGAUUAGAAUCGAAAUAAUUUGUAGCAAAACCGCAUUUUAACACUAUUUAUACACUCGGGCUGCUAUACGUCUUUCAAAUAAUUUCACGAGAGCGCAGCCCGAGUGAAAUUAUUACGCCCGACGUAUAACCGCCCAACGUGCAUAAAUAGUGUUAAAAUACUCUUUUGCUAUAAAUUAUUUCUUAAUUAAAUUAAUUAAUAAUUUAGAGAGGUAUAUAACACGUAAAUUAAAAAGAUCGGGAGUUUGGGGAAUACGUAAUGAAUAUCCGUAAAAAAGUAUAAAGAUCAACUCAUACGAACACAACAAUCAUAGUUGUACAGUAACUAUAACUGUAGCAAAUAUUUUCAAUUUAGUUUAGACUUUAACAAUGUUUUUCGUAUCUUAUUUUGUAAGCUUUUAAUAUCAUUUGCAUACAACAAAUAUCAUUGGGUAACUUAAUCUAUAUUUGGCUAAAUAUAUUUUGUCCAGACAGUAAGUGUUGCGUCAGACGAUUUGUAGGUGUACAGUCGAUUUUCCUGUCAUGAAAACACAUAAUUAAUCAUUUAUCUAUCAAAUUUAGUGAGAUUUCAGAAAUUUUAAGAAAUUGUAGUGUGGAUUUGAUAGAAAAGCAAUGCAGAUCAAAUUAUGAACGAUUAGAUGAUACGUAAUUAAAACUAAUUUGAUAUUUACAGUGGAGAUAUUAUCGAGUGAGAAAUCAACUGAGAAACGCUUUUCAGUUUCCGAGAGAUAAUUCUGAUUACUGAAAAAAACGGAGAUGAACAAAAAUCCAGUUUUGAGGAUAUUCUUUGUGAUGUUGUCUGCAGGACUAUCUGUUCAAGGUAUGGUCAAUAAAACACAAUCGUUCGAUGGAGAGGAAAAUGAAACAUCUACCUGCAACUACUUCUGUGGGGCAAAAGAUAACGAGACGGAAUUGAUAUCACCGCCACGUUUUGCACGGCCUUGUAUUCCAAAACAGAUCCGGCCUAUCUAUUAUACAAAGCAAGGCAGCGAUCAUGUUGUUAUCAAGUGGACAGAACCAACAGCUACAGACAACGAUGGUGUUUCACCAAGUGUGAUACAAGUCAAGGGGAUCAACAAUGGUGGUAAUUUCAUCGGCGCACUUUUGGGUAAAACACAUACAGUAGUGUACAUUGCAACUGAUACAGAUGGACUGACAGAUAAUUGCUUCUUUACCUUCACAGUCAUAGUCCCUUCGUGUUCGAAGUUAGGUACUGUUCAGAACGGACGCUACACAUGCACAAAUGGCACUGCUCCUGGCAGUUCCUGCAUGUUUGAAUGCCAUGACGGAUUCAAGACUUCUGGAACUGGGAAUGCAACCUGUGGAUAUUUUCCUAAAACAAGGCAGUUUCCUAUUUGGGAAAACGUUCAAAAGUGCAAGCGGAUCGAAUGUGAUAUUCCGGCUGACCCUGAAAACGGAAAGCUGACUUGUACGAAUAAUGAGAAAACUUACCAGACGGUCUGUAAUGUUAAUUGUUAUCAUGGAUAUACAGCAUUUGGACCCACAAACAUUAUUUGUCAAGCUAAUGGAAACUGGUCAAAGGCGACAGUUUGUAUCAGUAUGUAUUUCAUUUAG